AUGGAGCAUCAUCGAGAUUCAAAUGUCCCGCUACGCUUGAACGCAUCUAGAAGAAUCGAAUUUGAAGCCGACCCUGAGGUUAUCAAAAUGAACGAAAAAAUUCGAGCUUUGACUCAAGAGAUCGAUGGUAAACCUGACCGACAUCCUAACCUCUGCAAGGAAAGAUCCACUUUGUACGGACAGAAGGCAAAACUACGACGGAGUCACCAAGAGAAACUGGUUCAGGAAUGGUGGUCAUCAUCCUAUGAUGAAUACAUAUCUGGCAAUGAUUUUUCAGAAAAAGACACCACAUCUCUUUUCGAUAUCUAUCGAAAAUACAUCCCGGAGCGUGAUCGUUUGAGCCGAAACUUGUUUGAAAACACAUCAAUUGAUAGCGAUAUCGGAAGACAAUGUCUCGCGGAUCUAAUCGCCAUCUGCGCGCCCACUGAGCGCGUAGUAUACUAUCCCGGACUACACCCUGUGGAUGGCCAAUGUCCACUAUGUUCCCAAGCAAUUUCGAGGUGCCGUACCGUCUACCUAAUGAUGAAGCCUCUCGUCUAA